UAUAAAAAUCAAGCAAUCUUCUCAACCGUUCUCAGUUUUAGUUCAGACCGCUGGCGAACCGGUCACAUACAUUGGAAUAAUAUCAUCGAUCGCAACGUGGGGAAGCCCGAACUCAAUAUGAGACUGCUUCUGGUGGUACUGCUGGCCACUUUGGCGGUGUCCCAAGCGUUAGUCAAGGAGGAGAUCGAGGCCAAGGAGUACCUGGAGAAUCUGAACAAGGAGCUGGCCAAGCGGACCAAUGUCGCAACAGAGGCGGCUUGGGCCUAUGGUUCCAACGUCACCGCCGAGAACGCGAAGAAAAAGAUCGAAGUCUCCGCCGAGUUGGCCAAGUUCAAGAAGGAGGUGGCCGGAGACACGGCCAAGUUCCAAUGGCGCUCCUUCCAGUCAGAGGACCUCAAGCGUCAGUUCAAAGCCUUCAACAAAUUGGGAUAUGCCGCUCUCCCCGAAGCCGAUUUCACGGAAUUACUCCAAUCAAUCUCCGCCAUGGAGACGAACUACGCCAAGGUUAAGGUCUGCGACUACAAGGACAAGUCCAAGUGCGACCUGGCGCUCGAACCGGAGAUCGAGGAGGUCAUCAGCAAGAGCCGUGACCACGAAAAGCUAGCCUACUUCUGGCGCGAGUUCUACGACAAGGCCGGAACCCCCAUGCGAUCCCAAUUCGAGCGGUACGUGGAGCUUAGCACCAAGGCAGCCAAAUUGAACAAUUUCACGUCAGGCGCCGAAACGUGGCUGUCUGAGUACGAGGAUGAAACCUUCGAGCAGCAACUGGAGGACAUUUUUGCCGAGAUUCGACCGCUCUACCUACAGAUCCAUGGCUAUGUGAGGUACCGCCUCCGGAAACACUAUGGCGAAUCUGUGGUCUCCGAAACGGGACCCAUUCCCAUGCACCUUUUGGGCAACAUGUGGGCUCAGCAAUGGUCGGAGAUCGCGGACAUUGUAUCACCAUUUCCCGAGAAACCCACGGUUGAUAUCAGUCACGAGAUGCAGAAGCAAGGCUACACAGCCCUUAAAAUGUUCCAGAUCGCAGACGAUUUUUUUACCUCCAUGAACCUCACCAAGUUGCCGCAGAGCUUUUGGGACAAGUCGAUCAUUGAGAAGCCCACCGAUGGCCGUGAUAUCGUUUGCCACGCCAGUGCCUGGGACUUUUACCUCAUCGAUGAUGUGCGCAGCAAGCAGUGCACCCUUGUUCUCCAGGAUCAGCUGUUCACCAUACACCAUGAACUGGGACACAUUCAGUAUUUCCUCCAGUACCAGCACCAGCCGUCCGUAUACCGCACUGGAGCCAAUCCUGGAUUCCAUGAGGCCGUUGGCGAUGUCCUUGCCCUGUCCGUUUCAACCCCCAAGCAUCUUGAGAAGAUCGGUUUACUUAAGAACUAUGUUCGCGACGAGGAAUCCCGCAUUAACCAGUUAUUCCUCGCCGCCCUGGACAAGAUCGUAUUCCUGCCCUUUGCCUUCACCAUGGACAAGUAUCGCUGGUCGCUGUUCCGCGGAGAAGUGGACAAGGCCAACUGGAACUGCGCCUUCUGGAAGUUAAGAGACGAAUACUCCGGCAUUGAGCCACCUGUAGUGCGAAGCGAGAAGGAUUUCGAUGCCCCGGCCAAGUAUCACGUAUCCGCUGAUGUCGAGUACCUUAGGUACCUGGUCUCCUUUAUCAUUCAGUUCCAAUUCUACAAGUCCGCUUGCAUCAAAGCUGGCCAAUAUGAUUCCAACAAUGCUGAGCUUCUACUAGAUAACUGCGAUUUCUAUGGCAAUGCUGAGGUUGGAGCAGCUUUCCAUAACAUGUUGUCCAUGGGCGCCUCGAAACCCUGGCCCGAUGCACUGGAAGCCUUCAACGGAGAGCGCAUCAUGUCCGGAAAGCCCAUAGCUGAAUACUUCGAGCCCCUUCGCGUUUGGCUGGAGGCUGAGAACAUCAAGAACAAUGUCCACAUCGGCUGGACCUCGUCAGAUAAAUGCGUGGCUUCUUAAAUGAAAUGAUUUUUGUAUUGUUACACAGUUUUAUGCUCAAUAAAGUUUCACAAAGCCCUACUUU